UCAUAUGAUUGAAAUUGUAAACAAACUAAAAAUAUUUAUAAUUAUUGCAAAUAUAUAAAAUUUGAAAUCAUCUUUACAUUAAAAUGGAGAACAUUAUUAAUAGGAAUAUCUGUAGAAUAUGUUUCAAAGAACAAGAUAUUUCAUUUCCUCUGUUCGUAGAACGAAGUGAUUGCUCAUGGUCUCCUUACGACCAGCUUGUGGAUAAAACUAAGUUAAAAAUUGGCAUCGAUGAUGGUGGACCAACUUCUAUAUGUUUACAGUGUUUAAGAGACCUUGAAACUACUGUGAAUUUCUUGGAGAAAUGUGAGAAAUCGAAUCAAAUAUUAACCUCUCUGUACCCUUCAUGUGUCGCAACUACAGAGUCCAAACUUGACUUGAAAGAUGUGAUUGAUAGUAGCGAGAACUAUUCAGAAGUAGUUGAAUGUAAGAAUGCUGAUCAAAGCAAAAGUGAAGUAGUCAGUUGUGAAUUAAAUAAGGGUAUUAGCAUUGAGGAAGAGAUGGAGAAUGCGUUGCGAUGUCCUGAAUGCGGAUCGGGGCGCCGGUGCCGGCACUGGGCGCCUCCAAGUACGCACACGUGUCCUCAAUGCCACAAAGUAUUCACUAGAAAAUUCAAUUUUAAACUUCAUCUCAAGCGGCACAGGGGUGAACGCGAGUUCCCGUGCGCGCGGUGCGGGCGGCGGCAGCUAACGCGCGGGCAGGCGCGCCGCCACUGCGGGCCGCGCGCGCGCCGCGCCUGCCCGCGGCCCGGCUGCCGCAGCACCUUCACCAGCGCUGCCAACCUCCACACGCACCUCCGAGCGCACGAUGGCGAGAGGCCCUUCGUUUGUGGAGAGUGUGGCAAAGGUUUUACAUCUAAAAAUAUACUCAAUGAUCACUUGAGAAUUCAUACAGGUGUAAAGCCGUAUAUGUGUGCGGAGUGCGGUGCGCAGUUCACCACCAACAAGCUUGCCGCGCACGUUCGUACGCACCGCGUCCCGCGGCCGCCGCGUGCUGCACGGGCGCCGGCCGCCGCCGCCGGCCCGGCGCCGCACGCGUGCCGCUGGUGCGCGGCGCGGUACCGCCACACGCAGUCGCUCAACAAGCACGUGCGGCGCCACCACCAGAAUCUCGUCGAAUCGAAAGCAUCAGUGGAAAAUGGCCAAUGAAGAUCACCAUCGUCAUAUCAGACGUUAAUCGUCUAUUGCUGAACAUAUGCCAAUGAAGAUAUGCUAUGCAAAAUAAUAUAAUGUUAGAACACUACAAUAAUUAUGGCAUCAUUGUUCAUUUGUAUUUGUUAGAUAAAGUUAAGUAAUAAGGCUAUAUAUGUGUAUUAAUAUUAAUUUGGGACAGGAAACAAAAAGGUAUAUAAAUAAUACUAUGUAAAGAACCGGAAAUCCGGCUCGAAGGAUCAUUUCAAAAUUGAUUGUAAACUGAUAUCCAGUUGUCCCCGUUGAAGACACCAGUCACAGUUCGCCGGAUUCCUGGUCUCCAUCCAGUUUCAAUUAGAAAUAUAUCUUAAACCUACAUAGCACUUACACGAGGGGGGAAAGGGAUUGUUAGCGAUGGGGCUUAACAGCCCCAAUGCUAGCAAUGUUACUAAUCAGGUCGACCUCCACGUGGUUUCCCUUGGAAACCAUCGUGGUUACUUCACGUGGAAUUCUUCAUGUUGCGUUGGGCUAACUGACCUGCUUUCAUCGUCAUCACUGGUGCCCCGCCAGCGUAUACCGUUAGCACAGGCGGGGUUACUAUUGCAUUAUGUCCCAUUAAAAAAAUACUCGAAAUAACAUGAAUGUUAUUAUGUACUAGUUUAUUUUUUAUUACGAUUUAUGUCAGUGUGGCGUUUUCUAGUAAUGUAUAAAGAGAAUAAAUAGAUUCUAGCUCUCAGAUUUUCUCUCAGAUUUUUUGUACAUGUACAAGGUGCGAACGCCUCCUACGUGAUUUGGCGAACAACAAUGAUUUUAAUAUGAUUAUUAACAAAAAAAAAAAGAGAUACAAAUUUGAAAAUUCCGAAAUUUGGACUGGGAUGUGACCUUGGGGUUUCUGAUCUGCAGCCAAGCGUGUCGAUUGUGCUGUAACUGCUUCAUUAAACUAUUAAAUAAGUACAGUCGUGCAAUAAUGUGCGCCACUUUCUCUCUGUGACAUAUUGACCAAAGAUUUUAUUUAUUAGUCUAUUCAAAUCAAUUACGUUAUAAUGAGAUUAUAAAUAUAUAGUUGUAAAAUGUAUACAAUUUCUUAUAUGUAUCUAAUGCAUUACCAAAGAAAGAGACAAAAUAUUUAAUUGUGUUUUAAUAAUUAUUAUUACCAAUGAUUUUAUUAACAGAAAUAAAAAGUAAUUGUGA